AUGCAUUUAUUACAUCAACAACAAAACUCGUUCUUCUUCUUCUUCUUCUUUGGGUUGCUUUUCGUUUUUACUGUAAUAACUGCAACAGCCCCAACAAAAGGAAAUCUUCAAAAUAUUCGAUGCAAUCUUCUACAUCAAAAUUGUACAUUUGCACCACAUAAUAUAUCAUCUAAUUUGUCAACUGCUUCAGCUACAUAUUUUCAAAAUAAUUCAUCAAGGACAACGCCUCGCACACGCACAUCUUCGCGACCAUUUUUAUCAACAACUCGUCAACGUUACACUACAAAGUCUGACUCACUGUCAGAUUUUGAUGCAUUUAGUGAUAAUUUAAAACGUGCUGCGUUAAUCUUAGCUGGUAUUGCACUCGGCCUUGGCUUUCUUCGCGUAUGUUUGAUGUUGUGCAAAUCUCGUUCUCCAAAUCAUACGUUUUCGAGUCGACAUUCAGCUACUGUUCGACCUGAUAUUGCCACAAUUGAGCAUCAUCAAUUUAAAUCAGACUUACCACCAGAAUAUGCCGAAGCUAUAGCAAAUAGCGAACGUAGCAACGAUGGUAAAUUGCCAUCAUAUGAUGAAUUGCCACAUGAGCAAAGACAAGAACAAUAUGUAUAUAAUAAUGAUGAAUUUGUUUCAGCCCAUAUGUAA